GGCGGGCAGCGGCGGAGCGCGGGGAUGCCGGAGAUCGGGAUCCGCCAUGUGGUGUCCGCGAGCAGCGCCGACCCGACUCACUGCGCCGAGAACCUGCUCAAGGCCGACACCUACCGCAAGUGGAAGGCGGCGCAGGCGGGCGAAAAGCAGCUGUCGGUCAUCCUGCAGUUCGAGAAGGAAGAGCGGAUCCACAGCAUCGAUGUGGGCAACGAGGGCUCGGCCUUCGUGGAGGUGCUGGCCGGCAGCUCCGCCUCGCCCAGCGAGCAGGACUAUGAGGUGCUGCUGGUCACCUCGUCCUUCAUGUCGCCCUCGGAGAGCAAGGCCGGCACCAACCUCAACCGCGUCCGGAUGUUCGGCCCGGACAAGCUGGUGAAGGCAGCAGCCGAGAAGAAAUGGGACCGGGUGAAAAUUGUCUGCACCCAGCCCUACACCAAGACCCUGGCGUAUGGGCUGUCCUUUGUGAAGUUCCACUCGCCGCCCGAAAACAAUGAAACCCAAUCAAAAUCUGCCUCCCCGAAGGUGACCAAGCUGGGCCAGUUUAAGGUGAAGGAUGAGGACAGCAGUUCUGCCUCAAUGAGGCCCGGGGCCCUGUUCUUCAGCCGAGCUAGCAAACCGCUUCUCACGCCGCCCAGAGCCCCGCAGACGGAGGAACCGUCCCCCAGCUACGCCGUGGCCACCCUCCAGGCCAGCACACCCGGCGCCUCCUCCCCCUCCCCCUCCGCCACAGAGAAACCCGCCGCCAGGACCUCCCCCAGCCGCGCCACGGCCUCCCCCAAGGAUCCGCCUCCCACCAAGAGGAAGUUUGAGUUCAGCAAGGAGAACUCGGCGCCCCCCUCUGCUCGGAAACCUGACGCCGAGGCCCCCCACCCCCCGCAGCCAGCCCCCAAGAAGCCCAAAGCCCCAGAGCCGCCCCCCCGCAGGCCACCAGCCCCCAAGAAGCAGCCGAAGGAGCCGUCGCCGGAGGGGGCGGGGGAGGAUUUUCAUCGCCUCCUGCAGGGGACGGUCUUCGUGCUGAGCGGCUUCCAGAACCCCUUCCGCUCCGAGCUGCGGGACAAGGCGCUGGAGAUGGGUGCCAAGUACCGGCCCGACUGGACCCCCGACAGCACCCACCUCAUCUGUGCCUUCGCCAACACCCCCAAGUACAGCCAGGUGAAGGGGCGCGGGGGCACCAUCGUGCGCAAAGAGUGGGUGCUGGACUGCCACCGGGCCCGGCGGCGCCUGCCCUGCAAACGGUACCUAAUGGACGGGCCGCCCGCCUCAGGCAGCGAGGAAGAAGAGGAGAGCGAGGAAGAGCCGCCCGCCCUGACCCGCAAGACCCCCUCCCCCCGACAGGGGCGAGAGACCACGGGGAGGGCGACUCCGGCGACACGGACGACGAGCUGAGGAGGGUGGAGGAGGAGCACCGCAAGAAGCAGCAAGCGGGUCGGGAGGCAACUCCGGACCCCGACGAUGACCCCUACGGCGGCUCCACGGACGAGA